GAUCCUUCAUGACUUCAUUUGUAAUUUUAUAAAAAGUUUGUUUCUAUUAGUAUUAGGUUAAUGAAGAAUAAGGUAGCAUAAGCAUCAUCUUCCUAGUCUUAGGUUUGGAUCAGUUUCAAUGGCAUCCACCACCUCCCUCAAACCCAUCCCUUCCAUUAACUUGCCUUCCCAAUCUCACAGAGCUUUAGCUUCCAAUUUCUCUUAUUCAAAGCCUUUUCCCUUCCAUGGCCUCAACCUCUCAUCGGUCACUGAAACCAGUUCCUUCACCUCAUCAAGAUCCUCCAACCCCUUCACUACCACUGCCUUCUUCUUCAACAAGUUCAAGCAGGAGGCCGCUCCACAUACUCCCAAGCCCACAAAAGUUCAAGAGCUACACGUUUAUGAAAUGAACGAGAGAGACAGAAGCAGCCCUGCAGUUUUGAAACUAAGCCAAAAACCCGUAAACUCUCUGGGUGAUCUGGUUCCUUUCACCAACAAGCUCUACUCUGGAGACUUGCAGAAAAGGGUGGGCAUCACGGCUGGACUCUGUGUGCUGAUCCAACACGUCCCGGAGAAAAAAGGCGAUCGCUAUGAAGCCAUAUACAGCUUCUACUUUGGUGACUACGGCCAUUUGUCUGUCCAGGGACCCUAUUUAACGUAUGAGGAUACCUACUUGGCGGUGACGGGAGGAUCUGGGAUUUUCGAAGGAGCCUACGGACAGGUGAAGUUACAUCAGAUAGUGUUUCCCAUGAAGCUGUACUAUACAUUCUACUUGAAAGGGAUAGGUGAUUUGCCAGCUGAGCUUCUAGGGAAGCCAGUGCCACCAUCGCCUGCGGUGGAGCCCAGCGCGGCUGCUAAAGCUACGGAGCCCCAUGGUAGUAUUCCAAAUUUUACCAACUGAUACAUACAGUUCAUAAUGUUGGAGUUAUUGAGCGACCUACUCCUAUUAUUAUGCAGUUAGAAUUAGAUAAAUAAAUCUUUCUUCUCCGAUGUAAUGUUCAUUUUGAUGAGCUAGCAUUAGCGUUGUUGAAGUGUGUGGUUAGAUCUAAAGUUGUGUUAAUAAAAUGUCAAUGUCAGCUAAGCUAACUAAACAAGGACAUCUGGUUGGUUUGAUUUUGGGGUUCAUACAGCACCCACAUCUGUUUCAGUUAAUGUGUACAACAGCCUGUAUUUUAGAAUGAGUUGGAAUGUCACCGAUGAGGGAAUCUAUCCAAAAACAUUUACACCUA